AACAAUAAGUUACUAAUCGUCUGAAUGAUUGAAUUUGUAACUAAACAGAGAUUUGGUUCCGAAGAUAAUAAUGCAUCUAAUGAUCAACGACUCGAAAGAUUUUAUUUACGGCGAACUGUUGGCCUGUCUGUAUGCGGCCGGCGAUCAGACAUCGAUGAUGGAGGAGUCACCUGAAGAGGAGCGCAGACGGGAGGAGAUGUUGCGUAUGUAUCACGCGUGCAAAGAGGCGCUUCAGAUUAUCGGCGACGUCUCGAUGGCCACCAGUUACUCACCGGCGCCCCCGCCCGUCAAAGACGACUGGUCGCUACGCAACUUAGCGCCCUCUCCCACACCACCGCCCGCGGCCUCGCAGCCCGUCAGUAGGCCUCCCGCUAAUAAUCCCAACCGACCUGCGCCGCCACCGGCUGCGGCCAAUCCGUCGCGCGGAGCGCCGCCACCGCCCGGCCGGCCGGCGCCCAACGUUCCCGGACGCGGCGCACCGGCGCCCGGAAGGGGAGGGCCGUUACCGCCGCCACUCAUUCCAACACGAGGAAUGCCUAACGUUCCGCCGCGUAUACAACAGGCAGUGACGGACACUAUUCUCGAUGCGUUCGGAAUGCCUGUCCACAAAUAAUCUCAAUAAUCCUUAUUUUCAAUGCAUUAUUCAAAUGACUAUUCUAUUAUAAAAAACUAUUACUAAAAACUAUCAAUUAUAACAGAAAAGUUUCAGUGGUUUUAUUGUUUGACUUAUAUUUGUUGAAUACGACGGCGUUUUCGCACAAAAUCUAUACAAAUCAUUACAAAUCUAUAUAUUUACUCGAUAUAUAA